AUGAGUUACGAGGAUGAAGAAAAAAGGUUGAAAUUGAAGCGAAAUUCUUCUCGGUUUAGCAAUUUUCAACGCGAUCUUAUGGCUGGCGCGUUGAUGGGUGGUGCGGUUCAUACACUUGUGGCCCCAAUUGAGAGGGCUAAAUUGUUGUUGCAGACACAGGAAAGUAACUUGGCUAUUGUUGCUAGUGGUCGGAGAAAAUUCAAAGGCAUGUUUGAUUGUAUACUUCGUACCGUUAAAGAAGAAGGUGUUGUUUCUUUGUGGCGUGCAGGUUGUACAUCACUUAUCUUGGUAUACCCCCUUGAUAUCGCACACACCCGCCUUGCUGCUAACGUCGGGAGGACGGAAGUGCGCCAAUUCCGAGGCAUUUACCAUUUUUUAGCCACAAUAUUCCAAAAAGACGGGGUUCGGGGAAUUUACAGGGGCCUUCCUGCAUCAAUACAUGGUAUGGUGGUUCACAGAGGUCUUUACUUCGGAGGGUUUGAUACCAUAAAAGAGAAGUUGUCUGAAGAAUCUAAACCCGAGUUGGUGCUGUGGAAACGCUGGAUGGUAGCUCAAGCAGUUACAACUUCGGUCGGUUUGAUAUCAUAUCCGCUAGACACGGUUCGUAGGAGGAUGAUGAUGCAGUCUGGCAUGGAACGUCCGGUGUACACUAGCACACUCGACUGCUGGAUGAAAAUCUAUCGAACUGAGGGAUUGGUUUCAUUUUACCGUGGCACGGUUUCGAAUGUGUUUAGGAGCACUGCUGCUGCUACUUCUACUUCAACACAAAACACAUCAAAUAUGCUCUCAGUGCCUCAGUCUAACAACCCAAACGCAUAG